AUGAGACGCUCUUUUUUGAAAACCGCUUUGCGGUCAUGGCGUUGCCGUCGUCAUCACCAGCCUAUUCUUACUACUGCUCUUCGGGGUCUGUCUACUGUACAGGUAGCUUCUGGGUCAGCAGCAUCGUACGACAUUGAUACCUUCCGAAAGGCAGCUUUUACCCAAGAGAAGCCCUUUCACUUCAAGAAUGACGGUGGGAUACAUGGUGACGGUGACAGGUCAUUGCCUGCAGCUAGAAAAUGGUUCUCGCUGGACGAAACCUCUUCGCCUGCUGCUGACAUGACCCUCUCGCCGUACCUCGUCAAGUUCUCAGAUGAUGCCCCCUUCCCCUACGAACUGUACUCUCCACCUCCCUCAUCGGCGGAUUCGAAGUCGCCGGUGGCCGCUUUCUGCGAGUGGCUCUCACGAAGCGAAGAUUUCCAGGACCAGAUCCUAGCAGGUAUCCUGCACGCCAUCACGGCAGGCGGCCCGGGCGGUGGUGCGGGCGAGGGCUUCUUCCAGCUCCAGGCGCCUCUCCAGCUUCUGGCCAAGGCCCUCCUGUUCAACAGGGACCAGGUGUCCACUGGCCUGCAGCCGCUGCUCCUGUACGUUGCCCAGUCGUCCGUGUCGGACCUCCCGCAGCCCCUGCAGGCGGACCUUCCCACGCCGUCGUUGGUGCGCAAGUCCGGCAAGGGCGACGUGUACGGCUCAAGCAUAUGGAUCGGUACGGAGCCCACGUACACGCCGCUGCACCGGGACCCGAACCCGAACCUCUUCUGCCAGCUGCACAGUCAAAAGGUUAUCAGGCUGCUGCCGCCACAGCUCGGAGAGCGCAUCUUUUUCGAGGUGCAGACUCAGCUCAGGCGGCGAGGCGGCGGCAGUAGUCGCAUGCGCGGCACCGAGAUGAUGGAGGGUACCGAGCGCGCCCUGCUCUAUGAGGCUGUCUGGGCAGACGGGAAACUUGCCGACAAGUUUCAGCAGGCUGAGCUGGAUACCGGUGAUUCCCUCUUCAUACCAAAGGGUUGGUGGCACUCGGUCAAGAGUAUUGGUUCCAGUGGAGCUCUCAACGCAUCAGUCAAUUGGUGGUUUCGUUAA